AUGGUUCCCCAGCCUUGUGAGCUGUCCCUCCUCUGCUUUCUGCUGGGCCUGCAGGGGUCUCUGACUACAGUCUUCAUUACCCAGAAGGAAGCCCAAGGGGUCUUGCACAGGCAAAGGCGUGCCAACUGGCUCCUGGAGGAGCUGAGGGCGGGCUCUCUGGAGAGAGAGUGCAGGGAGGAGCAGUGCUCCUUUGAGGAAGCCAGAGAGAUCUUCAAGAACGAUGAGACACUGAAGCAGUUCUGGAUGUCUUACAAAGAUGGGGACCAAUGCAGCUCAAAUCCAUGCAAGAAUGGAGGCUCCUGUGAAGACCAUUUACAGUCUUACAUCUGCUUCUGCCCUGACAAUUUUGAGGGCCGGAACUGUGAGACAAACAAGAAUAACCAGCUGAUCUGUGAGAAUGAGAACGGAGGCUGUGAGCAGUACUGUAGCAACCAUGUGGAGGCCAAGCGCUCCUGCUGGUGUCACAAGGGGUACACACUCCAGGCUGACGAGGUGUCCUGUGCACCCACAGUUGACUAUCCAUGUGGGAAAAUUCCUGUUCUGGAAAAAAGAAAUGACAGCCAACCCCAAGGCCGAAUUAUAGGUGGCAAGGUGUGCCCCAAAGGGGAAUGUCCCUGGCAGGUUGCUCUGAAGCUGAACGGGGUGCUGUUGUGUGGGGGUACCCUGAUCGACACCACCUGGGUGGUCUCCGCAGCCCACUGUUUCGACAGAAUCAAGAGUUUUAAGAAUCUGACAGCAGUAGUGGGUGAGCACGACCUGAGUGAGGAGGAUGGCGACGAGCAGGAACGGCAAGUUGCUCAGGUCAUUGUCCCCAACAAGUACAUCACAGGCAAGACAAACCACGACAUCGCCCUGCUCCGCCUGAGCAGGCCUGUGGUCUUCACAGACUAUGUGGUGCCCCUCUGCCUGCCAGAGAAGGCCUUCUCCGAGAGGACACUGGCCUCCAUCCGCUUCUCUUUCAUCAGCGGCUGGGGUCAGCUCCUUGAAAGGGGCGCCACGGCCCUCCAGCUCAUGGCCAUCGACGUGCCCAGGCUAAUGACCCAGGACUGCCUGGAGCAGUCGACCAGGGAGCAAACCUCCCCAAAGAUCACAGAGAACAUGUUCUGUGCUGGCUACCUGGAUGGGAGCAAGGAUGCCUGCAAGGGGGACAGCGGGGGUCCACAUGCUACCAAGUUCCAAGGCACAUGGUACCUGACGGGUGUCGUCAGCUGGGGUGUGGGCUGUGCAGCUGUAGGUCACUUUGGGGUGUACACCAGGGUCUCCCAGUACACUGAGUGGCUCCACAGGCUCGUGAGCUCGAAAGAGCACUCAGAAGGCCUCCUCCGCGCCCCAUUUCCCUAG